AUGGCAGUUUUACCCGAUCCACAAUAUAGCUUUGGUGCUGGAGGGCUUAGCCCCAAUCGAUUACGGCCCUUUGAGUUUGCUGAGCUUAUCGUACGUUCAAUCUACGAUACUAGUGCCAAAAUAGGACCUCUACGAGCUAUUGAACUAGCGUUUAUUAUUGUGCUGGUCGUUAUUGCGGUUAUGCGAUUGGGAAAGAUGAUUCUUUACUCAAGAGUAUACAACGAACUUUUCAAAGGUCUACGUGGUGAUUAUGGCUCAGCCUUUCUGGAAGCGCCCGAACGAGCCGAACAAAAGCGCCAGCAACAAGACGUUAUUCUCAAUGCCACUUAUAAGUACGGCAAAAUACACGGCCAAGAUAAAGCCGUACGCAAAAUGUCUCAAAUACAGAGAGCUAUUUCCCAAGAACAAGUUAAUGAUCAGUCUAAAAUCAGUAUCUCUGAUGGUAUCAAACAGUUGAUUGAGGAAGAUAACAGCAAAGUCUUGCGUAAUAUUCUGGGCAUCUGGGCCGCCUUCCUCUUCUUUAUCAGAAGUUAUGGAAUUAUUGGCGCUGCCCUGGGUGAAUUAGGCUCCCAGCCUGUCUGGGCAUGCAUCAUCAUUAUUCUCCACGUAGUUGUUCAUUGGCUCUUUUUCUUCGCUCUACUAAUUAUGCUCCUUGAUACAGAAGGCACUAUUAUUGCUACUAUUUUCAACACAAUUGCCAAUAUCUGUACAGCCGCUGUCUUUUCCGUUUUUAAUGCAGCUGUUAACAAGAUAAUCAAAGUAAUCUUUAAUAUUGCUCCUGGCGUGAUUUCCAAGAACUUCCUUUUCUCUAUGCUUGGUAUGCUAACUCACUUCUUGAUCUUUAGUGCUGGAGCAGUUGGACAGCUCGUUACCGACCAAAAAAGCCCCAAUGCUGCUUUUGAGUGGUACCUUUGGAACUUUGUUUAUUUUAUGCUCUUUAAUGCUAUCUACAUUAUUGUUAUGGAGUUAGAUAUAGGCCUUUUAAUGCGCGCCCUAACGAUCAAACAAGACUAUAUGGACUCUAAAUUCCGCCGCUUCCUAGGUGUCUACUGGUUUGUGUUUAUUCGUAUAUUUAUAUAUGCCGCUGUCGUUAUCGGCGCCUAUUUCAUUCUAGCCCAACCCUGUGCUCCCGUAUAUAAAUAA